AUGAAGAUCAUCAUCGGCAUUGGAGGUGUGACCAACGGUGGAAAGACCACUUUGACUAAUCGACUACUAAAGACAUUACCCAACUGUUGUGUGAUACAUCAAGAUGACUUUUUCAAGAAACCCAAUCAAAUAGAAGUCGGAGACGACGGCUUUAGACAGUGGGAUGUGAUCACUGCCCUGGACAUGGAGGCCAUGGUGAGCACUGUCAAAGGCUGGCAGGAAAACCCAGUCAAGUUCGCCCUCUCCCACGGAGUCAGCGUGUCGUCUGAGGCCAAGAUGGACCCAGAGAGAGGCAUCCACAUCCUUAUUGUGGAAGGAUUCCUCAUCUACAACUACGAGCCACUCCUGGAAGUCUAUGACAAGUGUUUCUACAUUUCCCUUCCUUAUGAGGAGUGCAAAAGGAGGAGAAGUACAAGGACAUACACCGUCCCGGACCCACAAGGCCUGUUCGACGGCCACGUCUGGCCCAUGUAUCUGAAGCACAGGAAAGAGAUGGAGGACAACUGUGAGAGAAUAGAGUACCUUGAUGGCAUGAUAUCUAAAGAUACCAUCUACAACUCAGCAUUGGAAAGUAUUCAGAAUGCCAUCCAGGAACACUUAUAG